AGAACWCGCGUUCCGUCAAUUUUAUACUCCAUAGAGACACCGAAGAAAAUCACAAUACCAUGYCGAAACGUCAGACUUCUGCAACGAGCAACGGAGGUCUCGACUGUUCCUCUCCGUUCCUCCCYCUCGAAGAGAAGAGGAGAUCAAGCUCUGUAACUGAUAUUGAGCCAUCACUAGAUGAAAUUCCUGUGGACUUUGAUGAAGAGAUCGACAACACUCCAAAUGACCCUGACACAUCGUUGUCUGCAUCUAAAUCGAAAAAGGAUGAUGGCGAUUUGACUGUUGCCAAUAUACCAACAAGAAGGAAAGGGAACAAAACUGAUCCCAGCAAAGGAAGUAACAAUAAUAGCCACGUCAAUAAAAACGGCAACGCAAUCUUUUCCGCAGUGUCUUCCCAUYUGUCGCUUUGGAGAAAAAUAAAGCUCCCCAACGCUAAGAAAGUUGCCUCGUCGAUCGUUGGGUUCUUCUUUGCAUUCAUUCUUUGGGAAUGUUUUUUUGUGAAUGCUGAAGACCGUGUGAUAAAACCAGAUUUCAGCGACAAAUUCCUGAUGUGGGUACAAGCCAAUCCCACGUUGGGCCUGGGUGCUAUCAUGAUAGUGAUAGCGGCCGCCGUCGUUUCUUUGCUUCCAAUCGGGACACCGCUCACGCUAGGAUGCGGUUAUAUAUAUCGAGGUGUAUAUGGAUGGAAAUUGGGUCUUUUCGUGUCUACCCUUGUGAGCAUGGCAGGGAGUACCCUCGGCGCUGUCACUUGUUUUUUGCUGGGUCGUUACUUAAUGAGAGAUACUGUCAAACGAUGGGUUCGUAACUAUCCCAUGUUCGACGCGAUCGAUGUUGGUAAGUCUGCGUUACAAUAUACUGUUGUUUUUGCGAGUAGAAGUUGACUGGCCAACGUGGGAGUACAAAAACACAUUUGCCAUUUUACUCAUCCUUACGCAUUUUUGCGUUCCGCUCCUCUCGUAAACGAAAAAAUCCUUCUUUUCGAAUAGCUGUUACCGAGCAAGGAUUGAAAAUCAUGGCGAUGCUUUACUUAACUCCUGUGUUACCGCUAGGAUUAGUGAGUUACAUGUGUGGAACAACAGCAAUGAAGUUGCAYAAUUUCGCUGUAGCAAAAAUUGCGUCGUUGCCACUAUACCUGAUGUAUACCUUUAUGGGAGCUUCGGCUCAUUCAUUCAUCAAAGGUGGGAAUGGGGGCAAAAAUGACRGUGAUUUAGGAAAAUCUUUGGCCGAAGAGGCAAACAAGUUGGAAGAAAAUCAGUAUUUGAUCUUGUGUGGAUUAAUCUUAAGUGCCGUGAUGAUAGCACUAAUAUCACGAAAGAUCAAAAAGGAACUAAUGAAGGUAAGAUAUUGUUACCAGAAAGGAAUUUKCAAGAGCAUCGAUCGGUACAKAACAGAAAUACAUUGUGGAUAUCAACAGAUUGCUGUAGUUGAUAGUUCCACUUGUACUGAUAUGGUUGCGAUGGAUCACMCAAUACCAACUCGUUGUGUUUUGUUCAUCUCUCUUUUAGAUAUUGGAUGAUCAAAAGAAAGAAAAGGUAGAUUCCAAUGGUACUCCCCUCAUUGAUAAAGACGAGGCAGACGAGAAAACAAUAGAGUUAGGACUAACCGCACGACGAAAAUCGAAUUUGAAGACUGGACAUAAAUGAUUGAGAACAUUAGCACGAGCAACCAGGCAGGGCCAUCAGUGAUGCAUCCAAAUCUCUUACUSUGUGAUGAUGCAGGAGUAAAUUGGUUGGUUGUCACAGAAUUAAUUCUUCCUCUGCGU